AUGACAGCAAGUAAAACAACAAGCACAAAAAAUGCAGCGGACCGCUAUUCUGGAUAUUAUCCAAAAGUUUAUGGUUCAAAUGAUUCAUAUUUAUUAAUAAAUGUACUGCCAAUAGACUUAGCUGAUGAGUAUCUUUAUAAAUUAAGAAGUGAAGUAAAAUGGGGCAAAAUGUAUCAAAACGGUGGUAAAGUACCACGUGAAAUAGCAAUACAGGGGACAAUUAGCAAAGAUAAUUUUGAACCAUUAUAUCGUAAGUGUUGAUUUCAACAUUUUUUUAAAUAGUUUGCGGUAUGAAAUAUUUGUUGAAUAUAGUAACCCAUGUCGCACUUUUUUUCGUGAUACCACCAGUCAUCGAUCGUUCUAUAGCCACUCGUUAACCGUACCGUUCAGUAUAACUACCGGUUUUUUCUUCUACCGGCGGUUGCCGCACGCUUUUUUUCAGACCGCCAUACAAGAAAAACCCGACCAGUGUACCGCGUGGUUCGGUAGACUGUGUGGUAAUUUCAGUUCCGCGGGUGGUAUACCAGGGAAUGUAAUAGACUGGUACUGGAGCGGUAACCAGGCGGUAUUUAACCGGUUUUGACGACAUAGGAAUGCUCCGAGUACUGUUAUUUAUUUUCUUUUUCGUGCUUGCGACAAAAACAUUAACAAGGUUAAUAUGCACUUUGAACUACUGUACUUUUUUUCUACUCUUCAUACGCAAUACUCUAUAUCGGGUGAUUCUUUUGAAAGCAUGCCAGAGUUUACAUCGGCUUUAUCCGAAUGUUGGAGAGUAAUAGAACUAGUACAACUCGGGCUUCUCAUGACAAACGUCAUUUUUAAAAAAUUUUAAAACAACGCACAGUGAUCGCCAAUGUGGAUUUCAUUUUUCAGAUUGGUAUUUUCGUCAGAGAGGCACUUUUCUCCAAAAGUUCUUGGCCAAGAUGCAAACUUGUUUGUCUAAUAGCCCACGUUGAGUACACGAGAACUAUAUACCAUCCGUUGUCUUGUAUUCCCGUACCCAAGCAAAAAAAAUGGAGCUAGAAUCGGGCGGUUGGAGCUAGAUAACACGGUUUUCGACCCGGUUAAGCUAGAUCCAACUUAAAAAGUUUAACCUAGGAUCGGGCGGUUCAACCUACUUUUGGGCGGUUGGGGAGGUAAUACGCUAGGUUAACCGACCGAUCGAGCUAGCUCUGUCUGAUCUGGUUCCAACCGCCCACUUAACCGAUCGAUUAAGCUAGUUUCUGGUAUCAAAUAAAUUAAACACAGGGAGGUUAUCAGCUAGGUUAAUCGCCUGCUUAACUGACCGAUCGAUCUAGCUCCAACCGGGCAAUUAACCGACUGGUUCAGCUAGUUCCAGACAUGAAAUGCAUUAGAUACGGGGAAGUUAUCGAGUAAUCUACAGGUAAAUCGGGUGGUUGCAGUGCCCAGUUAACCGGGUAGCUUAAAAAAUAAGAAGAAGGAAUAUGUGCCUAACGAGAAUCGUAAGAUGUAAACGUUUUUUCUAU